AUGCCUAGCCUGGUAGUACCAGGGAUAAUGGAAAGGAACGGGGGUUUCGGCGAUUUAGGCUGUUUCGGUGGGAGCGGCAAAGACAGAGCGCUGCUGGAGGAUGACCGGGCGCUGCAGCUCGCUUUGGACCAGCUCUGCCUGCUGGGGCUAGGCGAGCCUUCCUCCUCCUCCUCCUCGGCCGCCGUGGUGCUGGUGGAGGACAGCAACAACAACAACAAUAACCCGCAGCAGCAGCAGCAGCAGCAGCAGCAGCAGCCCCCGCCGCCGCCACCGCCGCCGCCGCCGCAGCAGCCGCCGCCGCCGCCGCCUCCGCCGCCGCCCCCGGCCCCGAAGGGUCCCCCGGUUCCCAGCGCCGGGGCGGCGGAGCCCAAGUUGUGCGCCCUCUACAAGGAGGCCGAGCUGAGGCUCAAAAGCAGCUCCAACACCACCGAGUGCGUGCCGGUGCCCAGCUCCGAACACGUGGCUGAGAUCGUGGGGAGGCAAGGCUGCAAGAUCAAAGCCCUGCGGGCAAAGACCAACACCUACAUCAAGACGCCGGUGAGAGGCGAGGAGCCGGUCUUCAUGGUGACAGGGCGGCGGGAGGAUGUGGCCAUGGCUCGGCGGGAGAUCAUCUCCGCAGCCGAGCACUUCUCCAUGAUCAGGGCCUCCCGCAACAAAGCCGGCACCACCUUCGGCAGCGCUCCCACCUUGCCAGGGCAAGUCACCAUCCGGGUGCGCGUGCCCUACCGCGUGGUGGGCUUGGUGGUGGGCCCCAAGGGCGCCACCAUUAAGCGGAUCCAGCAGCAGACCAACACCUACAUCAUCACGCCCAGUCGGGACCGGGACCCCGUCUUUGAAAUCACAGGUGCGCCGGGCAACGUGGAGCGUGCUCGGGAGGAGAUCGAGACCCACAUCGCGGUGAGGACGGGCAAGAUCCUGGAGUACAACAAUGAGAAUGACUUCCUCUCCAGCAGCCCUGAUUCCGGCAUGGAGAACCGCUACUCGGAAGCCUGGCGGGUCCAUACGCCGGCACCGGGCUGCAAACCCCUCUCCACCUUUCGGCAGAACAGCCUGGGUUGCAUUGGCGACUGCUCCGUUGACCCCGUCUACGAGACACCCCGGCUGAAUGACCAAAACGAUUUCAAUUAUGGUUACCUCUUCCCCAACUACGGCGUGAACAAGCAAGAUCUGUAUUACGGGGUGCCGGAGUCAGGUGCCCCAAUGUGGGCUGGGCAGGAGAACACCAACCCUGUCUCGGUGCUCUUCUCGAAACAGCAGCGUUCCAGCAGCACUGGUGCCAUCCACCCAAAUUCACAUCGCUCCCCAUCCUCCUCCAUCCAAGAGCCCAAUCUCUCUGGUCUCCCCAGGCGGUCCCAAGGAGAGCCGCUCCAAGGGUUUUCCAAGCUGGGGACGACUGCCGCUGCCCGGACGUCUGUCUCCAGCAGCCGCGAGUGCAUGGUGUGUUUCGAAAGCGAAGUUACGGCAGCGCUGGUGCCAUGCGGCCACAACCUCUUCUGCAUGGAGUGUGCCGUGAGGAUCUGCGAGAGGACUGAUCCGGAGUGCCCGGUUUGCCACGCUGCAGCCACUCAGGCCAUUAGAAUAUUUUCCUAAAGAGACAGAGCAGGGCAUUGGGGUGGGGUGGGGGGUAGGAAGGGAGCAUGGGGGGGUCCAGGAAAGAAAAGUGAUGAUAAUAAUAAUAAUAAUAAUAAUAAUAAUGACAUCUGAAGAACAAACGAAUGAAAGAAUAAAUUAAUUUAAAGAAGAAGAAGAAGAAAAAAAGAAAUUAUUUUACAAGCAAUGUAUGUUAUUUUUUAAAAAAAAGUGAAUAAUAAAAUUAAAAUGAAUAGCAAAGCCAGAAAUUUUGAAGGGCGAACGAUGCUCCAGCCUGCGAUGUCUUUUUUAAAACAAGUACUCUGAACGCACACUCGGAUCUCGCAAGCAAAGCGGUUUAGUUCAGUUUUUUUUGGUGGUGAGAUUGGGACUUCUCUGCAUUGACCAAGCCAGGCCAUCUCGAUCGGACGGGGAAGGGAGCAGGGAUGUGGGGAGGGCCCUGCCAGCCUUUCUUCUCCAGCCAUGUUCAAUCUUCAUCUUGGUCUGAAGCCCCUACUCUCCUCCCCCCCCAGGGAUGACAGCCCAACUGGGAGCUCAGAAAGAAACAAAUAGAAAGAAAGGAAAACGGAUGUCGGGGAUUUAAAAAAAUAAAAAAGACACCAUCAACCUCUGGGAACCUGUUAGAACGAGGGCACAACUGUAUUACCUCAAAGAUUUAAACAAAAAACCACAGCAGCUAAAGAACUUUUAUUGUUUUCCUUUUUUUCUAAAAAAAACAAAAACAAAAAAGCCACAAAAAAAAAGAAAAUAAAAAAAAGACGAAGAAGAAAUAAAACUGACGCCGGUGAAGCUGAAGAAGGUUUGGAAGAACCUAUUUGAAUCACACUGGGCGAUUAGCAUUUAUUUUAUUAUUCUGAGCCACCAUGGAGUUUGGAACUUUGUUCUUUUUUCCUUAUCCGAGCAGGGAUUUGUUCAUCAGACGAAUCAGGAGUCACUAACAGGGUAUUUCAAAAGCAGUCCUGAGUUCCCAUCCUUGGGGGGAGUGUAUUGACUUCCGCGUUUCUGUAGUUCACUCUUCAUCCUUUUUUCCAAGUGAUGCCAGCUGCAGCUACAUGCAACACGCAAGCGCACGUGCACACAUGCACACACACACACACUUGUAACAUUGUGCUUUUCUUUUCUUAAAAAGUAUAUAUAUCACACCAAAACCUAAGAAAGACGAUCAUGCAAUACAGGCAAUGAGCCCAUAUGAAACCAACAUGCAUCCCAACAGAAAGCAAAAAAGAACCCCGAGUUUAUAUAUAUAAUUUUGUUGUCGUCGUUUUUAAACUGGACCAAAACUUUUGUUACCCAAAACCGAGUGGGGGGAAAAAAAAAGAAGAAAAAGUAUUUCUUUAUGGACCAAAACCUCUUCAGCUGUCCUUUACCUGGAUCUUCCUGAGGUUGGCCACUUUUAUAUAUUAUAUUUUUUUUCAGAACGAAACAAAAAAAAAAAAAAGAAUUGCCUUGUUGAACAUCCUUUAAUCAUUUCAAGACUCCUGGUUUUGUUAAAUCAGAUACUUUCUAAACCAUUGGGAACUGGGAGAGGACGGGCUUCGAAUCUGGCUUCUGUGCCAAUGCACACAAGAUGCAAGCCAGCAUCUUAACAUCAUCAGGUUUGUUCAACCAGUCUGUGGAUGCCAAAAUGCCGUGAUGGUAAAGAUGUGUGUUGGAUUAACCUAUCAAGUACCAGUAUACCUAUCUAUAAAUAUAUGUGUGUAUAUAUAUAUAUAUAGGCACUUAACUCAUCAAGCACCUAUAUAUAUAUAUGUAUAUAUAAAUUAUAUAUAGAGUUUUUCUCCCACCACCACCGCUUCCCCAUUUCCUGCCCCUCGACUUCUGCUCACAGAUCCUGGACCCUGAUUUAGAACUGAACCAGCAAGUUUCACAACUUGGCAGAGACAGUUCUACAGCAAAAAAAAAAAAUAAUGAUAAUACCAAUAAAAAUCGCCUGAGAUUUUUUUUCCCUUCAGUUACAGGAGACUUUAUUUUCAUCGUAAUAAUGUUCCUGGGAACAUCCCCUCUUCUGCUCGGUUUGCUGCCGCUUGCUGCCGGUGCCGGGGCAGGCUGCUCCGGUGCUCUGCAUCGAUAAAGGUCUGCUUUCAAUCUCCAGAUACUGGGUGGAG